ACUUCGGUAAACCUCUGUUUGACCAAUGUUUUUUCUUUUUUUAAAUACGCAUUGGACUUAUUUGAGAACAAUGCAUAUUAGAAAAAAGGAAAGAGGUUUACCAAAGAUUAACGUGUGGCCGCAACACGCUUCGUGUACGUUGUAGACGACUCGCUUAUUUUUUUUUUUUUUUUUUUUUUUUUUUAAACGCAUUUUUCUCAAAUGAGCCAAAUUGGCAUGAUGAAUACUUCUUGGGAAUCUGAGAUUGAGAAAAAUAAUUCCUACCUGAAGUGAAGUCGUGUGUAUUUGGUUGGGCACCAUCCAUCACGUUUGAUUGCCGAAAUCCAUCAUCUUUUCUUGUCUUUUCAGCUGGUAUUUCAUAGAAUGAUUUCUUUGAAUAUCUCUCUCGUCUGUUGUAACAAUGAACAGCACAACAAGUCUCGGGCAUUGUGAAUAUUCUGCUUCAGUUCAAUGUCCCCCACACUGUCGAGCAGCUCUUUUUGACCAGCAAUAUGGCGUUGUGAAAUGUUGAUAUCACGUGCACAAGCUCUGUACAUGCGACAUAGAAUAUUAGUCUUAAUUAAUCCCACAAUGGGGAAACCCUAUUGUUAUCAGUUCAUAAAUAAUGUGGUUUUGUCAAUGCAGGUGUAAUGUCAGUUUUGGCUGAUAUUCGUGCCAACAAUGACCUUGGGCAUCCGGUCUGUUCUAACCUCAGACAAGGAGACUGGUUAAUGGACUAUAUCGCCAAUAGACUGAUACAUAGAGAAGGACCUCUGGCACAGGUUGGACAAUGGCUGGAGGCAAUGUUUACUUAUCUGAAGCACAUCCCACGUUAUCUUAUCCCCUGUUACUUUGAUGCAAUCCUUGUAUCCACUUUCACCACAGCUCUGGAUGCAACUUACAAACUCAUGUCAAGUUUCAUUCAGAGUGGCUCUAGCUUUGUACGACACUUGGCUUUGGGUUCUCUUCAGAUGUGUGGUGUCGGACGCUACCCUGGUCUUCCUUCUCUUUCAGUCAAAAUUGCGAAUGUUCCAUAUUGCGUCAGCUCAAUAACUGGACAGAAGGAGCAGUGCUGCGUAACAGUGGCUGCAGGUCUUCCCCAUUUCUGUACUGGAAUUUUUCGUUGCUGGGGCAGAGAUACUUUUAUUGCUCUCAGAGGACUGAUGCUGUUGACUGGGAGACACACUGAAGCCCGAAACAUCAUCUUGGCAUUCGCAGGGACAUUACGUCAUGGUUUGAUCCCAAACCUGUUGGGAGAGGGUCGUUUCGCCAGAUACAAUUGCCGUGAUGCUGUAUGGUGGUGGCUGCAGUGCCUCCAGGAUUACGUCAGCCAUGUUCCCCAAGGGUGUUGUAUCCUCCAGUUUCCUGUCACACGCAUGUACCCAACUGAUGAUAGUGAGCCCUGUACACCAGGAGAAGUGGAGCAGCCUCUGUAUGAUGUGAUUCAAGAGAUUUUGCAACGCCACCUCGAUGGAAUUUCCUUCAGAGAGCGAGAUGCUGGACCCAAGAUAGACAUGAACAUGAGAGACGAAGGUUUCAAUGUGGCGAUUUAUGUGGAUCCUGCAACAGGCUUUGUCCAUGGAGGAAACCGUUUUAACUGUGGCACUUGGAUGGAUAAAAUGGGAGAGAGUGAGCGUGCAAGAAACAAAGGCAUACCUGCUACUCCCAGGUAA